UUCAUACUAACAAAAAACUUAUUACAUUUGCAAUCAGCAGUUAAUUCCAUCCAACGGUUCCGUUUCGAAUGAACGAUGGCGCGAGUCCAAGGUUUCAUUUCUCACCGUUGGAUCAUCUUUCAGUUAAUCAUAGUCCUCCACGUGGCUAAUGCACAAUCGCUCCCGCCACCGAGUCAGGACGAGUUGCAACCGGGUCACGCACCGUCUAAGACCACAGUCUUCGCCGUUCUCGUCACCGCGUUUUUCUUCUUCGGGUUACUAUCCGUCUACAUCCGCCACUGCACGAGAGCUAUGCCCGGACACUCCAACACAAACUCCCGCCGCCGUGCUUUCGACGGAUGUUCACGGCGAGGCGGACUUGAAGACGCCGUGGUUGAGAGCUUCCCCGUCUUCGCUUACUCCUCCGUUAAGGAGUCGAAGAUCGGAGCCGGUGAUCUCGAAUGCGCGAUUUGCCUUAACGAACUGGAGGAUCGCGAGACGGUUCGGUUGCUUCCGGUUUGUAACCAUCUCUUCCACGUUGAUUGUAUCGACGCUUGGCUUUACUCCCACGCGACUUGUCCGGUUUGCAGAUUCAAUCUAACUGCUAAACCGGUUAAAACCGGAGCGGAAGAUCGAGCUCCGGUUAGCGAUCACGUCGUGAUUGAUAUUAGGGGAGAUUCGGAGGCCGAUGAGGAAGAAGAGAAAAGCCGCCACCGGCGGCCGAGUUCUGAGAUCGUCGGUAAGUUUCCGCGGUCGAAUUCCACCGGUCACUCGAUGGGGCGACUCAGUGAUGGCACCGAGAGGUUUACUCUGCGGUUGCCGGAGGACGUGAGGAGGCGGAUAAUGGCGGCGAAAGGACGUAGGCUGAAACGAACGAGAAGCUUUGAUGCUGAUUUGAUGGAUAGCGGGUACGUAGUCGGGUCGGGUGGAAAAUCGGAUCGGGUUAGCUGGGCGGAUAGAUGGGGUUUGUUUGUUUCAAAGUCAAACUCGGGUUCCGUUAGAUCACCUAACGGCGAUUCGUUGACGUGAGGAAUGUUAUAGUUUGCCUGCCGUUAACCACGCACUGGAGUGGGUCAGUUGUGUUUCUUUAUACAACUGGUGGUGAAUACUGAAUAUUAAAUUGUUGAUGAAUAUUUUCAUUGACUUUUAGGUUUGUUUCAUGUGCUUCGUACACUAAAAGGGUCCAGCUUGUUUAGUGACUCGCUAAACAAGUUUUCUAAAUUUUGUAAGUUCUUGUAAUAUUUGAUUAAUGAAGACAUUGUUUAAGUUUUUGUGUCAUUAUGUUGGUUUUACAUGUAGACUGGUUCCUAA